UAAAUUGUGUCCACGGAUCGAAGACUCAAUGAUAACAUUCUUUCUUAACCGUAUUAGAACGUUCUGAUCCGUAUUGUUUCCUAUUUAAACAAUAUUUAUCCGAACGUUUUUGUAGGUGAGAAUUUAUUAAGUGUGUUUACGGUCUGUUACGGCCAAUACGUACACGUGUGGUUUAGAAAUUCCUCUCUGAGGAUGCGGCACGGUGAAUUAAAAUUGGUCUGGGAAUGGGACGAUCUUAUAAUGAUGCCAUAAGAAUAGAUAGCUAGGUUUUUAAAAUACAUCUAAGUUAAACCUCGGUGGAAACAUCUUUAUAGCUGAUGUUUGGAACAAAUAUGGGGACCGUGUUCUUCGGAUUCGUGACGUUCUUUACAUUAGGAUGUACUCCUUUUUCCGGAAACAUCCAGGUCGUUAAAAGAAAGGAAACGUCAAUUGAGUGUGCCUCAAACUCCGAUCUUUCAUUCAAAUUUUAUAGCAACGUGUUAAAGAAGUUUCUAACGAUUGCAGAAUGUGAUUUUAACAAAAAAGAAUGUGCGUUAUUGACAACUACUAAUACACAUGUAUAUACUAUUUCUUACACUGGACGUGGUGGUAUCCUGGUAAUUAGAGAUCUAGACAAAGAAACCAUUGGAACUUAUCAAUGCUAUGAAACGUACAAUCCUUUGAAUUUAUUAAGCACAAACAUUUCACAAUCGCAAUAUACAGACGAAACGGGAAUGUAUAGUGAUCCAACCAAAACUACUAAGCCACGUCUUCCGGAAAAAUUUGGGCAUAUCAAGUUAGGCGUAUUGAAGGAUAAAUCCAUAGAAUGCUCCUCCAAUGUCGAUAUUACGUUUCAAUUCAUCAGCAAUAAAGCAAACGCCACAGUAACAAUUAUUGCAGAAUGUGACUUAACAAAGAAAACAUGCACUAUGUUGAAACCAAGUUUACAUAACAAAUACAAUCUUUCUUACACAGGCAUUGGAGGAGUUUUGCAUAUAAACAGUCUGAACGAAUCAUUUGGAACAUAUAUCUGUCGUGAAACAUACAACCCAAUCAUCUAUAUCAGUAUUGACGUUAUGGCACACAUUAUGGAUGCAGCGAUUAUCACAUAUAAUGUAACUGUAUUGGCCGAGAAUAAUACAGAAAUUCAGUUGGAUCAAGGAGCAACAAAUAAUUCUUCAACAAUAUUGAAAAUUGUACUUCCUAUUAUUGCUGCCCUGGUCAUGAUUGGAAUCGUUUGCGUCAUUGUUUGGUUAAACACGAAAGCUUUCUCCUGCGCUGCUUCUAAUGACAGGGACAAUUUGGAAAUGUCAAACGCCAUAGUAACACAUCCGAAUGAAGAAGACGAACAUAAUAGAUCAAAGAAAGAAGCAGCAACAACAGCAACACACUCCACGCCAUUACUGGGCUAUGCUGGCAAUACAUCAAAUGGCGACAGUCUAUAUCAAAGUUCGAAACAUGCUGACUUGGACCAAAAUGAAUUUUCCUUGAAAACGACAAUUGAUGACCUGGAAGGCAAUCCAUAUCCCGCGAUUGAAGUAUUUAAACAUGCACUACAAUAUCUGCACGGACAUCUCUUAAAAGCUUUAAAACGUUCAUCACCGACAAUGCGUGAAACCGACAUACGGUACGUUAUAACUGUACCUGCCAUUUGGACUGCUGAGGCAAAACGCUUCAUGAAAGAGUCUGCUUUACAGGCUGGAAUCAAUGACGAAAGACUAACAGUGGUCGUUGAUUCGAUGGCUGCAGCCACUUGGUGCACACGUUCAAACACCAAAGACAGGCCAGUGAUUGAUUUACAAACGACCGGGUCUAAAUGGUUGGUUGUAAAUAUAGGAGGUGGGACCGCAAGUGUAUUAGCAUGUCAAGUAUUAUCUGCAGGCGAAGUCAAAGUGCUACACCAAGCGAGCGGCGGUGCUUGGCGCGGUACAUACGUAGAUCAGCAAUUUAUGGAUAACCUAGACAGAGAGCUAGGAGCCGAAAACUUAGACAAAUUACGCAGAGAGCACAUUGGGGAUUAUUUACAACUUUUAAACGACAUUGAAGAAAACACUGGAUCAAAGUAUAUAUUUUUACAAGAUGUGUGUGUUGUGAGGCUCCCGAAUUCACUAUCCAUGACAGGAAAACAUGAAUUUGAAACAGCGAAAGUCAAAGCAUGGUUUUAUGAGAAAAUAACAAGUUUUAUUGCACAUAUUAAAAAGGUAUUACAGAAUAACAUCAGUUUAAGUGAAGUAACAUCUAUGGUUUUAGUUGGAAGAUUCGCCGGUUCGGAAUAUGUCCAAAACAUGUUUCAGGAUGUAUUUACAAAUCUAAAACUGAUUGUUCCUCAAGAGUCAGGAUUGUUAGUUCUGAAAGGAGCCGUUUUGUAUGGACACAACACUGUAAAAUAUACAUUCAAUCAGUCUGAUAGCAUAUAGGCAUACUACGCACAUCGAUAAUCUGGAAUGAAUGUUGAAGAUGUUGAAGAAAGUAGCUGAUGAUUGUCAUAACUUUAUCUUUUGUGGCUUGGAAAUUUGCAAAUCUGUUGGUCUGUUUAGCAUUUAAAAAUUGAGUAAUCAAAUUGUAAUUCAGUUGAAGUAGUAUUAACUUGUAUUGCUAUUUUAUUUGAUUUUCAAUUGUAUGAGAUUGAUGUUUGAUAGUUGAAGGUGUAAAUUGUGAUUAAGUCAGAAUUAAGAGUGAGGCAUUCACUGCUCCAAAACAAUAGCCCGUUUUAAUUAUGUGUAUAUGUGUUUUUUUUCUGUAAUAUACUGGAUAUGUGUUAUUGUCGCAUUAGUUAAAUACAAGUCAAUUGCAGUAUUCGAUUCUCUCACAAUAGCUUGAUUUUAAUUAUUGGUAUUUAGGUAUAUGAUCAUUAUUUAAUAUUUACUUAUUCAACUGAUAAUAAUUUCCUUCGAUAAUAAAAAUUCGAUACACAAAUGACGAUAAUUCGUGACAACAAGUUAUCUCUUCACCUUGGUAAAACUGAAUCAAUUCUCUUUGGUACCAAACAUAAGCUAAGUUCAAAUCCCACGUUGAAUAUAAUAUGUAAUGACACAGUUAUAGAACCUACAACCGCAGUCAAGUAUCUUGGGGCCAGUAUUGACCAGAAUUUAUCAUUUGUCAAUAUUGCUCAGUCUGUUGUAAAAAAAUCUAACUCUAGGUUAAAGUUUUUAUAUCGUAAAAGCAAGUAUUAACCCAGCAUACCAAGAAACGUCUUGUGAUGUCCUUAAUCCAGUGUCAUUUUGACGAUGCUUGUUCUAAAUGGUGCAAUGGUCUUGCACAGUUUUGGAAGAAUAAACUUCAAGUAACCCAAAAUAAAUUUAUCCGUUUUGUGCUCAAUCUUGAUUCUAGAAUUCAUAUUAGCCCGGAAAAUUAUACUUCUUUGCAAUAGUUGCCAGUUGACAAACGUGUCGGGAAAAUAAUGCUCACACAUGUUUUUAAGAUAAAAAAUGGUCUAUCUCCUGAUUACUUGUCAGACCAGUUUAUUCCCCAGAAUUCUGUCCAUUUCCAUAAUACCAGAUUAAGUAAUAAAGGCGCUUUCUUUGAACCAAAGGUUAAAGGAAAUGGGAAGAAGUCCUUCAGUUACUUGGGUUGCACAUUGUGGAAUAAACUACCAUCUUUUAAAACCCAGAUGACAGUAUUGUCCAGUUUUAAAUCUGCUAUAAAACAACAUAUAAAAUAGAGUAGUUUAAUCUAUCUUAAGUUGCUAUGCUUUGCUGUUAAAAUUUUUACAUUUUCCUUUACCCAAUGUCUUAUCAUUUCGGAUUUAUAAUACAUGCAUACUUACUGUGACUUUUUAAUUUUUGUUUGUUGUAGUAACCUUUAAAUUUUUAAUCCAUCCAAAUUUAAUCUGUGAUAUGGUGAUCAUAAUUGAUACAUUAGAGUUUUCUGCUUUAAGGUGAUACUCAGUAAUACUGUGAUAGUUCAUGUCUGCAAAGCUACAGUGUGAUAUUAAUGUUAUGUUCAUUGAUUAGUAUUAUAUUUCAUGUAUUUAUUGUUAUUAACAUAGUAUUAAGUAUUCAUUUAUUACUAGUGCCUCUCUUUGUCAUGCCACCAACAACAAGGACCACAAUGGAAAUAUGGGAUAUUGCUCUUUUUUGUGUAAUCAUUGGCGUUAGUGUGCAUGCCAUAGUGCAUUCUAUGCAUGUACUUUUCAAUUAUGAGUGUUUUUUACUUCAUAUUUGUUUUAUGUACAUGUUGUUUCAAUUCAUUGUGUGUAUGUAUGGUAUCUCCGAAAUAAAUCUAUCUAUCUAA